CUGGACUUCACUUACCAUCUUUUCCCACAACACUUAUCACUCUUGACUGUUUCUCAUCAUCAACACUCUUCUCUAUCAUUCAAAGACACCACAAUGGUCGACAACCUCCUCAAGCGCGCACCAAAGAACCCAGCGCUGUUCAUCGGCUGCAACGUCGCGGUUGUGCUCACGUGGGGAGCGUGCAUGGGCACCGUACGAAGAGCGCGCCUGAACAAGGCGGAGAAUGGAGAAUAUGCUGUAAAGUUUAAGAAGUGGUGAGUGAGGACUUUCUGUAUGGGUAUUCGGUGUUGACUGUGUGUAGGAUAAGAGAGGAUUAGCGACUGUGGCUACAUUACUCCUGGAUCCGCUGUCGUUUUCGCAGCUUGUAUCUACACGCCUGC